AUGGAGCCCAACAGUCCCAAAAAGAUCCAGUUUGCUGUGCCCUUAUUUCAGAGUCAGAUAGCACCUGAGGCAGCUGAGCAGGUUGGUCUCUGUUGUUCACAGAUCAGGAAAAGAAGGCCCACACCAGCAUCUCUUGUGAUUCUCAAUGAGCACAACUCACCAGAAAUAGAUGAGAAGAGGGUGACCAACUCACAAGGAGAAUCACAGAAUGCGUCUCCUAAGCAGAGGAAGCAGAGUGUGUAUACGCCUCCUGCUAUGAAAGGGGUUAAACAUCUGAAAAACCAGAAUGACUCAGCAUUCCCAGAGGAAGAAGAAGGAGUAAAUGAAAGAGAAGAUCAGUGGGAACACUAGUGGCAGAAAUGAGGCAAGAAAGGUUCUUGUGAAUAACUGAACUGCUAACCUUUCCAAAUAUCCCCUGAAACUCCACUGCUUGGCUUCUGGAAGCAUUCUCCAUCUUGGCACUCCAUAAUCAGUAGUGUAUCUUCAGG